AUGGAUGGUUGGGAAGAGGUCCUGUCAUAUUUGGCCUUUGUGAGGGAUGUUGGUAUUGAUAUUCCUAACAUUGAUUCUGUUCUUGGUGGUGCGAGACUUUUCGGAUGUGUUUUAUGCAAACCUGCCGCCCGAAAAGGACAUUCAUUUUGCCAGGAAGAGCAUGCACCAUAUCUGAGGAUUGUACUACAGACGUUGAGGGAGGAGAAGCUUUAUACCAAGUUCUCCAAGUGUAAGUUUUUGCUCGGUUCGGUCGUAUUCUUGGGGCACGUGGUUCCCAAUGAGGGGAACAAGGGUAGGGUGAUUUCUUAUGCUUCACGUCAGUUGAAGACUCAUGAGAAAAAUUACCUCAUUCAUGGUAUAGAGCUGGCAACCAUCGUUCAUGCAGUGAAGAUUUGGAGGCAUUAUCUCUGCAACGUGUCUUGUGCGGUGAAGUACGAUCAUCAAAAGUCUGGCGGCUUGCUUCAGAGGCAUGAGAUUCCUCUGUGGAAACGGGAGCGUACAACCAUGGACUUCAUAGCUGCGCUCCCACAAACAUUGAAAAUAUUUGAUGUUAUUUGGGUGAUUGUGGACUGGUUGACUAUGUCUGCGCAUUUCAUUCAAGUUGGGACUACCUAUGCGCGAGACUCUUCGCCUUCAUGGUGUGCUAGUGUCAAUUAUUUCAAAUUAGGGCAGGCAGUUCAUAUAGCAAUUUGGAGAGCAAUGCAGCGAGAGUUAGGCAUGCGGGUUGAGCUGAGUACAACAUUCCACCCUCAGAUAGACGGGCAAUACGAAUGCACCAUUUAG